AUGGCUUCCAGUCAUAUUGGCGCUUACAAGAAUCUAAACCGAAUUGACCCUAGAGUCAGACGUCGACUUCGUCGCUCAGAGGAAUGGCAACAUAAGCGCGAUGAAGAGGUGAAUAAACGUAGGAACAUAGAACUAAUGAGUCCAUGCCGAGAGCUUGAUGUCGAUCUCUCCAUGAAUUCAUCUGUCUUGGAAACCUCCAGUAUUACACCUCCUCCGAAAUCAGCAAUUGUUGUUGAAGAUAAUAAAACAAGAAAAGUACAGCAACAUCCCUCUCCCAAAUUACGACGGAAUAAAAAUCAAGAAAAAGCGGAAACUAAAUCCCAAAAAAAUACAAAAUCUACUGAAGCCAGUGCAGAACGAUUGAAAAUGUUACAAAAAUGGAAACGAGAAAGAGACUUGCUGAAGAAACAAGAAGCUUUGGAAAAAGCCAAGCAUAAACCAUUCAUUGUUUCUGUUACUUAUGCUGCUACACAAAAAACUAAUUUUGAACGAAGAUGGGAACAAGAGCAAAAGAAGAAAAUUGCAAAGAAGCAUAAUGUAGCGUCCGAGGUCCCACCUGCCAGAACUAGGACAGGAACAGCCUCUGUUGCAUCUACCACUUUACGUAGCCAGAGAGUUACACGUCAAACUACUGCUGCAGCUAAGCAGGUUGCAGCUCCUGCAAUUCGUGCCCAAGCAACAAAGGCUGUCCCUGCUUCUAGAACUGCUCCUGUUACCAGAACUACAAAAACAGUGUCUGUUCCUAAACCUGGUGCACCAGCAAAGGUCACUUCCACAAGAGCAGCAGCUUUGGUCAAAUCUCAACCUGCUGCACCAGCAAAGGUCACUUCCACAAGAGCAGCAGCUUUGGUCAAAUCUCAACCUGCUGCACCAGCAAAGGUCAACUCCACAAGAGCAGCAGCUUUGGUCAAAUCUCAACCAGCUGCUCUGAAGAAAGCCCCAUCAAAGAUAACUGAAACCCAGUCUGUUAGACGAUCUACUCGGGCUACUGCUAAAUCUGUUGCUAAAACUUAUCCUUCUACCACGAUCAACACGAGAAAUCAUCCGCAAAAUGUAGAUUGUAAACAAACUGAACUUGAAGCUGAACAAUUUGAAAAACUAUGUGAAGAAGAUUCUGUUCCUGAACCAACUAAUGAAAGUCAAUGUAAUCUUUCAAAGAAAUCUGUUUCUUUUGUUCCUGAUAAUUUUGUUUUUACUGGAUGUGUUGGGUUAAAAUCCUUUGACUCUUCACCUUUAAACCGAACCAUACUCAGUCCAACCAGUACACGCAACUUUUUCUCUGUUGACGUUCCUGUUAACAAAUUCCAAAGUUCAAAUUCUCCCCAAAUGAACUUCAUGACAAUAAGAGCCGGUGGCUUUUUCAAUGAUAGAGUAGAAACAUCUGCUUCUAUUGAAACUUGUGAUGCAGUCCAAGAACAUCCAAAGGAUUCUAAUGUUGGUGAAUUAUCAUCUAAAAAUUCGGAAAAAUCAUCUGAUUGUCCUUCACCGGAUAAAAACACGGAUGUUUCAAAUGAAACUCCAGAAAGAAAUGGAAUCCCAGAAGCUGAAUUUUUGGAAAAGAAAAAUGUUUCUGUCACUAAACAAGAGCUUGCCAUUCCAACUGAGGAAUUGCUGGAAACAAAAUCUUCUGUGAAACCUAUCAGCCCUAUCAGAAUGACAAACAAGGAAUUGUUCAAGACUCCUGUUUCUCAAGGUCCAAGGACAAAAAGAAUGCGGCGCUCUUUAUCAGAAACUAGGUUUGAUAAAGAGAAAUCUGACAAGGGAAAUCGUAAGCGCCGAAGGACUGAAAUGACUCGAUCUCCACAAACUCCAGAAGAAUGGGUUGAGUUGUUGAAAAACUCACCCAUGAUUGAGAUGUCUAGGAGAAAAAUCCCUAAAGAAAAAUUAAAUGCUGUCCCCUUAAACUUGGAAUUCAGUGAUGAAGAUCUUGCAGCUGCCAACAUUAUUCUAUUAAAAGAUUCAAGCAAUGAAGUUGGUGAAAAACCACCUGAAUCAACUCCUCAGAAGGAAAUGGAAACAUCUGAAAAACCUGUAGCCUUGGCCUCUGCUGUUGAGAAUGAAGAGGUUGCAUCUGAAGUGUCUCCUCUGAUGUCAUGUGAUAUGCAGUCAGGACAAACAGCUGCUAACACUGAAAAUAAGACAUUUGAAGUGGCAACUGAAAUUCCCUCCAUCACUGUUAAGCAUGAUGUUGCUUAUUUUCGAAAUCUAGUAAAAUCCCAGACUGACACUCUCAACUCUCUAGCUGAUGAAUUUGAAGCUGUCAUUCCAAAUGUCAGCGAGGAAGUUGAAGGUCAAAUCCGGACAGUUAUUGGUCAAACCAAACUUCUAAUUUCGAAACGAUUCCGUCAGUUCAUUGGCUUGAUUGACAACUGUGAAUACAACUUAGGUGAGAAAGAAACAACUUGUGAUGAUCUUCAAGGUUUCUGGGACAUGGUUGAUUUUCAGGUUGAAGAUGUCAGAAUAAAGUUUGAAGAAUUAAAGAAGUUGAGAGAAAAUGGUUGGCAGUUAUUAAAAAAUAAACCACCUGUUGCUAAGAAACUUGUCAAAAAAACAGUCAAAAAGGCUAAGCCUUUGGCUGCAAAUACCAAGAAACAAAAAGGCAAAUCUGAAUUUGCUUUGUUCAUGGCCCAAAAGAAGAAAGAAGCUAAAGAGCAGAUGAAGGUUUCUUCAAAUGUAAGCAAACCAGAACUGGAACCAUCUUUGAAAGUAUUUGAUGGGCUCUUUUUCAAGGUAGAAAGCCCAGUGAAAUCUCCAAAACCUCAUUGUGAAGAGAUUUCGAGAAGCCCAUUAGUGAUACCGACUUUCGUUGAAACUGACAGAACUGUUAGGUUGUCUCCAACUAUCACUACCAUCAACAUUGUUGAAAAUGGUGAAACAAGCAAAAUGGACUCUCCUAAAAUGGCUGUCUGUCCUGAAAAGGAAUCGCCCAAAGUGGAGCUGAAGUUGCCAUUGUCAGCAAACUCUUCCUCUUCUACUUCUCCUUUGAUACCAAACAAAUCUCUUAGACGCAGUUUUGUACCUGCCAUUCCGAGUCCUUUACUUCAAGACAUUACUCCAAAUCAAAGAAACAGGAGGAGCCACAAAUCAUUUGUGUUUUCAGGUGUAAACAGUCCCAGGACACCAGUGCAAAUAGCUGAGCAAAACUCAGAAGCAGAAACUGAUAAAGAACCAGCAGAAAAGAUUUUGGUGCUCCAGACCCCACCUUUAAGGCGCAGUGGCCGGUUAAGAUCAGCAGCUUCAUCUCCCAGUGCAAUCCAGACUCCAACCCAUGAAUUGGUUAUGCAAUCCUUCAUAAAGAAUAUGCUAAGUUCUGAAUCUUCUUCAGAAGGUAAAGAAUCCCAAACUUCAAAGGAUGAGAAGUCCUCUACUCAUUCUCCAGAUCCAGCACCUGUUUUCACACCCCUAACAGAUGUGAUGGAUAAUGAAAAUCUAACUUUGAGACGUAGAAGCAGGGGACGUAAAACUAUGGAAUCCCAAAUAAUCAAUACUUCUCAAAAACGGCGCCGUUCUUCCAGAUUAAGCAGGAAAUCAAUCAGUUCUUAUGAAGAAUUAACAACUAGUGAUGGUAAAGAAAAUGCUGCUCUUCUCUCAAUUCAAAUUGACUUGCCUCCACCUUCAAAAGAUGGCAAUUUAAAAAGGAGAAAUCGAAGAAAAAAAUCUGUUGCUUUUUCUGAUCCAGUUUCUACUGUGACGGUUGCUACUGGUUUAGACCCAGUCUUUUUGUACACUCCACUAACAAAUUCAAAGAUUUGUGAAGUUGAACCAGAUGCCAACUUGAUUGCCUUCUCACCUUCUUGA